UCCCUGAUAGCAACAGUCCCUUUCUUUUCUCUCGUCCAACUCACUCACACUUCCACCAGAUUGAGAUUUCUCCCCCCUCCUGCUCGAGGCAAAGAUGCUCAACACUGUCAUGGACGCCGUGCAGGGUUUUGGGGUGAGCACCACCCACUACCUGCAGACCAACUAUCAGGACGCCCAGGGCUUGUUUCUCUGGGUGUCCUGGGCGGCAGACCUCAGGAACACUUUCUUCAUCUUCUUCCCGCUUUGGUUUCACCUGCGGGCCUCAGUGGGCAUUAAGCUCAUCUGGGUGGCAGUGAUUGGAGACUGGCUGAACCUGGUGUUUAAAUGGAUCCUGUUUGGGGAGAGGCCUUACUGGUGGGUCCAUGAGACGGCUCAUUACGCAAACACUGUCCCCCCUCACAUUGAGCAGUACCCCAUGACCUGUGAGACUGGGCCAGGCAGCCCUUCUGGACAUGCCAUGGGAGCUGCCGGUGUCUACUACAUGGUGACCUCCAUCCUCGCCAUCAUGACCAGCAAGAAGAAACAUGGAAGCAAAAAAUCCACCAACAAAGAAUGGUAUCUGAAGGCCGUUCUGUGGACUCUGUUUUGGGGGGUCCAGGUGUGUGUCUGUCUUUCCAGGGUCUUCAUCGCCGCACACUUUCCCCACCAGGUCAUUGCUGGUGUCAUCACAGGUAUGAUAGUCGCUGAAGCCUUCAACAGAACUCAGUGGAUCUACAGUGCCAGCAUGAAGUACUUCUACACCACCCUCUUCCUGACCUCCUGGUUUUACAUCCUGCUCAAAGCUCUGGGUGUGGACCUGCUGUGGACCCUGGAGAAAGCCCAGAAGUGGUGCGUCAGGCCCGAGUGGGUCCACCUGGACACCACGCCCUUCGAGCUGCUGCGUAACAUGGGCACCCUGUUCGGCCUGGGCCUGGGCCUGCACUCACCUCUCUACACCGAGACCAAGAAGAGCAGCAGCGCAUUGGUCAAAGCAGGCUGUGUCAUCAGCUCUCUGCUCCUGCUGCACCUGUUUGACUCCUUCAAGCCUCCCACACACACCGGCCCCCUUGUUCUACUGCUGUCCUUUUGUAAGAGCCCGCCUGUGGUCACUGUCAGUAUCAUCCCUUACUGUGUGAACGGAGCUCUGAGCUGCAGAACAAAAAGGGAGUGUGAGCAAUGAACUCAGAUGAUAAAG